AUGUGGAGGAGGAAGGCGUUGUGGGCCCUGCUGAUCGGCUGGACUGGAGCCAUUCUGCUGACUCCCGAGCAUCCGCCCGAUCCCAAAACUUUUCGACCGUAUCGACGGAAACCCGGGGAUCCGAAACGACCGUCAAAUCCGAUAAUUUUGAGUAAGUUUGAAGCUGAAAUUUUGGGGGAUGGUAUCCAAAAAAUCUCUUCAUUCUGUAUGAAUUUUAAUUUGAAAAAACUGAAGAUUUUUAAAAAAAUUUAUUUUUUUUGCCUUGGUCCCCCCUUACAAAGAUUUUUACCAAAAAAAUUUUUUUGAUUUCGCACUGCAAUUUUUUAAAUAAUUGACUGUAUCCGCAAAAAAAAAUGAUUUUUUUAGUCCCCGGCGAUGGCGGAAGCCAAUUACAAGCCAAUCUGACUGGUAAACCCUCGACAGUUCACUACCUAUGCGACUCGAAAACGGCGGAUUUUUUCGACCUCUGGCUGGACAUUGAGUCGUUUGUUCCGGUGAAAAUCGACUGCUGGGCCGACAACAUGAAACUUUUGUUCAACGAAUCCACCGGUCAGUCCGAAAACUCGCCCGGCGUGGACGUGAAGGUCCCCGGAUUCGGAGGGAUCGAUACGGUGGAGUGGUUGGACCCGCGCAAAUACUCGCCCGGUCGAUAUUUCCAACCAAUUGUGGAUGCGUUGGUGGCAUGGGGAUACACCAGAGCUAAGAAUAUUAUCGGGGCACCAUUCGACUGGAGAAGGUCGCCGCGUAAGGCUUUUGUAUUAUAGUUUGAAGACUUUUUAAGCCUUGUAUAAAGUAAAAAUUUUUUUUGAAAAAUCGUAUUUUAGCGGAACUAACCAACUAUUUCGUAUCUCUGAAGACCCUAAUUGAGACGGUCUACCUUUACAAUGACCAUCAGCCGGUUAUAAUCCUCGCUCACAGCAUGGGAAAUCCGAUGAUGAACUAUUUUUAUCAUAAUUUUGUGGAUCAGGCAAGCUCUCGGAUUUUUUCAAAUUUUGCACAAACACUGUAGACAGGCUAAAUAGCAAUUCCUGAGAAUUGUAUCUCACGCUUUGCGGGGCGAGCCGAGCUAUUCAACGAUACCGAGAGAGUAUGUGAAACGAGGAGAGCGGUCAGAAAAAAAAAAAUUCCACUCAUUUCUGUGCUGAUUUUCCGUGUAAAAAUUAUUUUAUAGGCAUUUUGUGCUCCUGGAGGAAAAAAAUUGACUUGUUGUCAUGUCGAAUUCUUUUCACUUUCCAAAAAGUUUUGAUGAUUUCUCAAAACCGUGAGCCAGAAAACUCGGCUUUGCCUCGGCAAACUUUCCGCCAAAUUAGUGCCAGAUUUCACCACAAACUCAGUAUUAAGGUUUAGGGUAACACCUCUUAAAUUUCAUCCAGAAACUUAUUCAAAAUCAUCGGAGUUCAGGGUCACUUCGGCAUACCGGGCUUUUGCAGACACGGUAGAAAAGUAUUCGGUUUUCGCAGAUCGGCAGAAAAAUAUUGGGAGUGGGCGGACGUCGUAGAAUUAGCAAAGCGGCUCCCGUCGAGCUCAACAGCAGAUCCCACAACCCCUAUACCAAAAUAUAGCGUAUUUCCCCUCCGAAUCCACAAUAAAUUUGAUAAAGACUGUUCUAGAUGUGGAAGGACAAAUAUAUCCAUUCUCAUGUCUCGUUGGCCGGUGCCUGGGGCGGAUCCAUGCAGAUUGUGAAACUGUACGCCUCCGGCUACAACAUGGACUACUAUCGGAUCCUCCUGCCUCCCAGCGAACUGCGCGCCAUGCAGCGGAGCUUCACCAGCUCGGGCCUCCUCUUCCCCGCCAAACAGCUCUGGCCGGACUAUGUGUUCGCCCAAACCGACGCCAAAAACUACAGCAAUCGCAAUCUGAAGGAGUUCUUCGCGGAUAUCAAGUACGAAUUGGGCUUGAAACAAUAUGAACUGGCGAAUCCGGCGUUGCUUCUGGACCCGCCCGGCGUCCCGGUUCACUGCAUUUAUGGACAUGCAGUGCAAACUCCGGAGUUCUUCCAAUGGGCCAAAGGGUAUUUUCCGGAUUAUCAGCCGGUCAUCACGUACGGAGAUGGCGAUGGGACGGUGAAUCGAGUAUCACUGGAGAUUUGCAAGGGAUGGAAAGGAAAUAAUCAAGGGAGAGAUGUAAGAUUUGACAUUUUUUGGAUGGCAAAGGGUUUUCAAUAACAGAUGUAAGGGAAUUUAGAUUUAAAAUAUUAAAUAAACGUCAUAGCAGCAUAGGCAUGCCAUAACUAGUAGUUGAACUGAAAAAAUCGACGAAUAAUUCGACCUUAUUUUAGGUGACUGUUCAUGAGAUCGAAAAUGCUGACCACAUGGCCAUUCUGGCUGAUCUCCGGACUAUUCAACUCAUCAAGGACCUUCUCUAUGACCGAUAA